GAGGGAAACGCCGCGCACUUUUUGUCCGUGAGUGUACACACAACGCGCGUUUGACGGGACGUUUCGUCCGCUGCCCCCGGGUUUGAAUCGUCGCGUUUGCGUCCACCUCGCUCUCUCUCCCUCCCCGACGGCCCGGCAUGCCGCGACGCAACGGGGAUCGCCGUUGAGGUCCUGGCACGACGCGGAAGAGCGCCGAGAGCACGCGUCAGGGGCGUUCGGCAAGGUCGGUAAGAUGCGUCGCGUCGAGCGCGUCAGCCCUUGAGAGCCGUACGACGCCUCGCAGUUCGCUCGACAACCCUCCGCGCCCUCGGCGGUUCGUCCCGACGCCCUUGGCUGCCCCCGAGUCCCCGAGUUCCCGCGGCCCCCGCCGUCGGCCCCUUUGCAGAGAGUCCCGCGACGAGACCGGAGACAUGUCCGACAAGCUGGCCGAGUCCGUGGAGGACGACAGUUCCGUCACGAUGCUCGACGUUCUCCAGGUGGAGAAUCAGCUCGAGGAGGACGCGCGCGCCGUGCUGGGCGCGUCCGACGACCAGAAUUGUACUUACAGCAAGGGAUACAUGAGGCAGGCGUUGUACGCGUGCAAGACUUGCUGCUCGAACAAGGUCCGGGCUGCCGUUUGCCUGGCGUGCAGCUUCCACUGUCACGAGGGUCACGAGCUCGUGGAGCUGUACACGAAGCGGCACUUCAGGUGCGACUGCGGAAACGCCAAGUUCGACGGCAAGCAGUGUAAUCUGGAGAAGCUGAAAUCCGCCGCCAACGCUGAGAACAAGUACAAUCAGAACUUCGACGGGGUUUAUUGUACCUGCGCGAGGCCGUAUCCCGAUCCGGAGGGUGACGAGGACGACAUGCUGCAGUGUGCAAUAUGCGAGGAUUGGUAUCACUUGAAGCAUCUGGAAUGCGACAACAGCGCGCCGGUAGACAACUCGUACGACGAGAUGAUCUGCGCAGGCUGCAUGAGAGAACACAGCUUUCUGUGGAGAUACACAACGAAAUACGCAGUCGUGAAGAAAACUGACGCGAAACCGGAUGUAUCUGAGAAGAGCGAUGAGGUAGACGUCAGCGAGUUGCCGAAGGGAUGCCAAAUGCCAAAACUUAGCUGUGCGGACACUAAGGGAAGCUGUUUUUGGGUCGAGGGCUGGAGAACCGCGUUGUGUACUUGCGACGAAUGCAAAUCGUUGUACAAUGCAACGGACGUUGCAUUUCUACUCGAUCCGAAAGACAGCGUGCAGGCGUAUGAGGAAGCGGGCAAAAUGAAUAAACAGGAAUCUCAAUAUGAAAAAGGGAUGAAGGCUCUUGCCAGUAUGGGGCAUGUGCAAAAGUUGACAGCGAUUGAAGAAUACAACAAUAUGAAGGAGCGGCUCAUGCAGUAUCUACAGAAGUUCGCUGAAAACAAGAAGGUCGUGCGCGAAGAAGAUAUUAAAGAGUUCUUUUCGGAAAUGGAGUCCAAGAAACGUCCUAAAGUGACAGUGCCAACAUAUUGUCGUUGAAAAUCUGUACUUUAUCCCCUCGCAUAGCUAAUAAUGAUCCAAAUAAAAGUAAGCAUUUUAUUAUGUUUCUAUCGCAGGUUAUCGUACACUUGGAGUCUUAAGGUUUUUAUGUUUAAUAUUUAAAGAAAAUUAAUCGGUCCGUAUUACUGUACCGGAGAGCCUAUCAAUAAAACUUUCGGUAUAUAAUUUUAGGAGGAGGUGAAAAAAAUGUAAAGAGAGUAUAAUUUGCAUAUAUAUACAUAUAUAUAAAUAUGUGUCAAGGAAGAGUAUUAAAAAAAAAAGAGUCGCGAUUUGCAUGUAUGUCACUUAAUCUCUAAUUCGCGAUCUGAUUACGAAUAAACUUUUUAUUAAAAAAUACAACGAGUAGAAUCGAA